AUGACUGAGGAACUGCCUCGACAAACAGAACCUCUUACUGAAGAAGAGACGGAUCAGGAAAGUGCGUCCGAAUUAAAACAAGAAGAUAUCGCCGAGGCAGCGAGAGAAAGUGGCAUUGAUCCGAAAGAGCUUGCACAGCAAGCGGCGCUCCUUCAGGCGCAUGAGCACGCCGUCGGCGCGGCUGGCGCAGGGGCUGGCCUCCCCGCUCGCCAGUCUCGAGCUGAGAAGAAGACGAGAAAAGCCCUCUCAAAACUUGGACUGAAAAAGGUACCGGGUGUAACGCGGAUUGCAGUGAAAAAAGAAGGGACUUUACUUUUUGUUGUUUCGCAACCCGAUGUGUACAAGAGCUCGGCGUCUGACACGUACGUUUUCUUCGGAGAAGCCAAAAUUGGUGAGAGUAUUGGUGAUGCCGGUGCACAGGCCGAGGCAAGGCGCUUCCUAGACUACAGCGCUGACUCUGAUCAGUUUGGCCUCGAGGGCAAACUGCGCGACUAUCUUGGCGGCGAGAGAGCGGGAGCCGACGGGGCUCCCGGCACACGCUCAGGUCCCAGCGGCGACGUGUCAGAACAGGAAGAGGAAGUUGAUGAGACAGGGCUCGACCCUAAGGACAUUGAGCUCGUUGUCCAGCAGGCGGAUGUUUCCCGAGCACGUGCAGCACGAGCGUUACGCAAUAACAAUGGUGAUAUUGUGAAUGCUAUACUUGAGUUGACGGUAUAA